CACGCCUGACUACGUACACUCGUACUAGUACUUACGACUGAAACGAUGAUGACGAUCAAGUCUACCGCCCUUGCCUUCCUCGGCGCCGCCGCGCUCGCCGCCGCCUCGGACGUCACCGUCAGCGUCAACGGUGUCGACCGUGUCUUUACGGUCCAUGGCCCGUCGCCGUGCUCGGGCGACGACCCGACCCGCGUCGGCAUGUGCCCGGGCCCGCAGGAAUUUCUGCACUACGGCUCGUGCUGCGUGCAACUGCCGCAGCGAACGACUGUCGUCAUGGGCUGCAUGCCGCUGCGGUCGCCUGUCGACACGUGCGAUGCGCUUGCCGCGUCGCUUGGCCACCCGUCGGUGCCGUCGACGACAUCGGAGACGGCCGCCCCGGCGACGCACACCGCCAUCACGACGCCUUCGCCAUCGGAUGCGUCCAUGCCCGCGCCGUUGGAUGCGACCACGCCUGCGCCUACGGAUGCGACCACGCCUGUGCCAUCGGAUGCAACCACGCCCGCGCCCUCGGAUGCGACGCUCCUUGCCGAUGAAACGCUGGCGCCCGAGCCGACGAUCGACGCCGCGCUGACCCUCAACGGUACGCGCGUCCAAAGCCAAGCCAUGACCGACAACAGCAAGGCGGGCGCCAGCAACGCGAACGCUGGUGCGGCGAGCACGAUGACCACGAUGGCGCUCGUGGUCGGCUGCUGCGCCGCCGCGCUGGCCGUUGUCGGCGGCGUCCUCGUUGCGCGCAAGAAGAACGAAUCUGCGGCGAUGGCCGCAUCGCCCAACACGCCGCCGCAGCCGAUGAGUCUCCCCGUCGGCUACGGCGACGAGAGCCCGAUCGAUGAGGACUCGCUCACGCCCUUGAGUGCUGUCGUGUGCAUGUAA